CUCAUCAUCAUUACCGUCAGUGUGUUACCGUCGUGAGUGUGGACAACAGCGCUGCUUCACCCGGGUCCUUUUACCCCUCUCUCCUGAAGGUGCCCCCGUGUUCCUGCUUCGCAUCACACACUCCAACUCCCGUGACUGAGGUGUGACCGUACGCCAGAAACAACACCACCUCGCCCACGAUAUAGUUCACCCUUCCAUCUCAAUCUUGGGUCGUAUUUACCAACGCACUAUGGUGAAACAUCCCCUAAGAGGAAGAAAUUCUGACUAUUGGGGUAAAAAACACGUGGAAGUGAGGCUGGACGAUGGGUUGUUAAGGCGACAGGUGAAGGUGUUAAGUACCUUCCAGCAGCCUGUUGGAGGACACACUCAGCGUGGCGAAGGUGUGGCUCUAGACAGAACAGAGCAGAAUGGUCUACUGGUGCGGAUGUUAGGUGAUGUAAAGGGCAGUGCCACAGUUGAGACAUCCCUCACCCCGAGCGUGGGAGCUCCUGGGUCUUCCGAUGCCUGGCGUAACUCGGCGGGCAGCGCCAGCAGCAGCGUGGCGGCCAGCACUGGGAUGGGCAGCAGCAGUGUUGGUGGGGACAUGAACGUGGGUGAGGCAGAGGAACGACUCCUGCGGGGUGUGGUGAGGGGUACUUCCUCCUGCAAUAGGUUCAUGACACUCCAUCGUCGGCGCCGCCGCAAGCCACCCACCAGGCUGAUAGGCUUAGAGCAGCAUCACCAAGCCCUCCUUGACGACCUCUACCAUGGACCCACACAAUGUGUCCUAUCUCAUGUUGGCGUGUGGAGCUUCAAUGCCUUUGCCCUGGACAGCGUGUGUGGGGGUCGUCCUGUAUCAGUGCUGUGCGUCUACCUUCUGCACAAAUAUGGUCUUAUACAACAUUUUAAUUUUGACACAGUUACUGUCUGGAAGUGCUUUAGUUUAAUUGAGGACGGGUAUCACUCAUCCAACCCUUACCAUAAUGCCAUCCAUGCAGCUGAUGUGACCCAGGCCAUGCAUUGCUAUCUUCAGGAAGACAAGAUUCGUGAGCACAUGACCCCCUUAGAGAUGCUGGCAGCUCUGGUUGCUGCCGUAUGUCACGAUCUAGACCACCCAGGGGUGAACCAGCCAUUCCUUAUUGCAACAGAUAAUCAUUUGGCUGCACUUUACAAGAACCUAAGUGUGCUUGAAAACCAUCACUGGCGGUGUGCAAUGGGUUGCCUCUGGGAGUCUGGAUUAUUAGACUCCUGGGAUCCAAAGGAUGUUUCAUCACUGCAGGACAUGAUCAGAUCUCUCAUUUUGGCCACAGACAUCACCCGCCAGCAAGAGUUUCUCUCAAAAUUUAAGAGGUACUUGGACGCUAACAGCUUUGAUAUGAGGGACCCAGACCAUCGCCACUUCUCUCUUCAAAUUGGUCUUAAGUGUGCUGACAUUUGUAACCCCUGCCGACCCUGGGACAUAUCACAGAAAUGGUCUUACAAGAUAUGUGACGAGUUUUAUCGUCAAGGUGAUUAUGAACGCCAGCUGAACCUUCCCGUCACUUCAUUGUGUGAUCGUUAUGUUAUGUCAGUGGCCAAAAUCCAAACAGGAUUCAUCAAACAUGUUGUCUCACCACUAUUUGAAGAUUGGGACUGUUGGUUAAGAACAAAACUAUCAACUUCCAUGGUAAACAACAUGAAUAAAAAUCUUGCUCUGUGGGAGGAGCAGCUCGCUCAGGAAGCUGCUGAGAAAACGACCACGGAUAUCCCCAUUACCUCACUGGACUCCCCACAAAUGGCAGAGGAGGGUACAGAAGAGGACCCAGAUGAGGUGGAUGGGGUUACUACUCCUAGUAGUAGUGGAGAUAGUCAUCAGAGUGUGUUAGGAUCCUUAGAAAAUUUAUCAAGAUCACUUCAACUUGGACGAAGACACUCUGUGCCCUUAAACCAGCCUCGCCUGGUUCCCCGCACAGUUAUAAGGAGGGAAAGUUUACCUGAGGUUGGGGGCCAGCCUCUUGUGGUGGAAACUGUGAUGAUGGGAGGUCUUUCACUAACCUCUUUCUCAUCUCACGUUUUUGAUCCCAAUACCACUUUAACUGCUGAAUCCCUCCUACCUGACCCUUCCAUCACAACAAUGGGUGGGGUGAGCAAUGGACGAUCACGCCUCACUUCUAGACUCACUCGCCGAAAGUCCCUCCCUCCACUGUGGUCACAGCAUCCACGUUCACGACCUUUGCAAAUAUUGAAACCAAUGUCACCUACCCCCAGUGAGGAUUCCACGUCCCCUCAGAACACUCAGGAAAAUUCCCCACCCUCUGAUGAGUCCGAAAAAAGAACAGAAGUUGUGGGUAACUCUGCACAGGGUAGUGGUGGGGACAGUGGUAAUGAUUGUGAAGAUAGUGGUGGUUGUGGUGGGAGCAAUAAUAUUGGUGAUUGUUGUGAAUCCAACGGACAAACAAACAGGUCAACAAGGGGUGAUGCUGUGCCCUCAGUGCGGGAAAGUGGUGUUCACAGUAGGAAGUCUGUUCAAAGUUAUCAAGGUGCUACAUUCCUUCACUCUGACUGCUCAGAUGGUCUUCAUUACCGAGCUCUAGGCGGCAAGGUGCUAGUACGUCGAGCUUCAUUAGAUAGUACGAGCAUCAGCAGUAAGCGUGAGUUCCUGGACCGUUUAGCACACGAAGGCAGUAAAUUUGCUCGUGUGGAACGAUCAAACAGUGAAAUGGAUAAAGAGAAUAAGGCACCACGGGAACCACUAAUCACAAGGGACCGACAGGUACCUUUAUGGAAAACUCGUGCUUGGCGAAGCCUCAACUAUGAAGAUGAGAAUACUGGUGAUCCAAGAGAGAAAAUGAUCAAGCCCGGCAUAUACAAGCUCAAUCAAACUCAGGGAAGUAUGUUCGCUCAUGGUCGCCGGGGUUCGGCUCCACUUCUACGGCCUGAAGAAUUAUGGGGUGGUCUCAGAGGGGGCGCAGAGAGGCCAGAUCAGCGUUACUUGUCCACUCGUAGGGGAUCAGCACCAUCACAACCAAUCCAUCAAGGGCUUAACAAGCUGAAACUUGGUCAUGCUGGUGGUCUGCUUGGGGCGUGUGGUGGUGGUGGUGGUGGUGGUGGUGUAGGAGGUAUAGGUGCCGGGAAGAUUGGCGGCCUACCCCCAUUAAAACGACAGCGCGCUUUUCCUCAGCCACUGAAUCGCACUAAUUCCUUUUCUAUCCUAGAGCCUUUCAUUGCUUCCAUAUCAGGGUCGGAUACUGAUAGUGGCCCAGAGAUGCCUGGGAGUCCUCGCACACCCCUGACAUCAACUGAAAAUCUUCCAAUAAGUGACACUCCAUUCGGCCACUCGAGACUGAGGGGACGACGAGGCUCGGUGCCUUUUGAUGUUCCUGGAUCAGAUGUGGGUUUUGAAUUAUCACUGAUGAAGGACCAUUCUGAAAAGAGAUUUAGUCGACGGGGUUCUGGUGGUUCAGAGAUGCUACCGUCCCUGGUAGCUCGAGCACAUUCUUCUUUGUCUGCCACUUAUGGAGGCCAUGGGGUGUCUGGGGGUGGCUCAGGGGGAGCUGGAAUUCCCUCAUCCAUGGGACAUCAUCACCAGGACUUCCACAGGGGAUCUGGAGGUCUAGAUCUAUUUGCAGGAUUAUGGAGGUCUCAUCUAGAAACAGGAAGUUCAUUACAUGAUGACCAUGACCUCUUUUCUCAAUCGUCCGGUGGCAUGACCCCCAGUACCCCAGGAGCAUUGCCUCCCCCCAGAGCGGCCAUGCCACAUACCCUCCACAGACGCGGUUCACUGCCAACUGACCUCUUUUACUCAGGGGACCUCAGUGUGUGGGAUAGUGAGGGGACAUAGCAACAUCAGUGCUCGGGCCCAGCGCUUCCGCCUCAACCCUAUCCUUCUGCCAGCCUCCAGUGCCAAUCUUCCAACUACACCACCGUCAGCCCAUCUGUAAAAGUAUAUAUUAAUAGAUAAUACCUCCUCCAGGGUGCAGAGAAAGGGGAUCAUCUUUCCAGGCUUAUGGAAAGGGGACUUGAAACAUUGUUUGUUUCAGGGGAAGAAAAGAUUCAAAUGGUUUUUAUUUGUUCUCGUCUUCCUGGUAGAUGAAGAGAUCACCUUUCUCAUUUGCGCUUUAGGGGUCCAGCCCCUCUUUAUAUAUUUGAAGGACAAGUUACCUACGCUGUACACUUUAUAUAGAAGUGGUCUUCUCAGACUCGGUAUUAAGUAUGGCGUUGAACAUUUUUCAACAUUAGAUAUGCUUCUGACAGUGGUAAAAGCCAUUUUGUUUUGAAAAUAUGAUGCGUUUAAUAAUUUUCCAAAGGUACUGUACAUAUUUUGUUAUUGGCAGCAAAUUAUGUGUGCCCCCAAAAUGGAUCUUUCUUUAUUCAGAAAGGAGUCAAAAUAGAAGAAUGUGUGUGUGUGGAACCUGUCUUUUAUAGUGUAAGUGUCCAACACUGAUUGCUGGAGCAAAAACCUCCGAUCAUCAAGGCUGUGAUGAGGUCCAGUUUACCCAAAAGGGUUUGAAGAAGCAGUCAUCAAGGAUGGACCAUUUUUUUGUAAUGGAUUCUGUAUAUUCAUGGAAAUAUUAACAUAUUUUGGUGAGAAUGUUAUUUUUAGAUUACCAUGAAUAUAGAAAAGGAUCAAAAUUUUAUCCCUGCUAAGAAUUAGUUUUUCAUGAAUCUUUAGAAGUGUGACCCUUGUCUUGAUGCAUUGUAGUUUUUAUGAGGGCAGGAAAAUAUUAAGCUCAAAUAAGCUCAAUUUAGUACUAACGUCCAAUUAUAGCCAAUGUCUUCAUGAGAAUCCAGCUCGACAAUCCUGGUUCAUAUUAUUAUGGAACAUUAUGUAUAGAUUUAAAAGGAAUUAAUAAUAACAGGACUUUGUAUUCAAGGAAUGUAUUCAAGUCAGUUGAUACGCUAUAGACAGUGAGCUACUUUUUUUUAUUUAGGCAUAUUACAAGGUAUGUCUCAGACCUCAGUUACACUUUUCCUUAGUUCUAUACAUACUGUACUUCUUUAUGAUGAAAAGUAUCUGUACAGCAUAAUGUGACACUUGACAGUACUAUUAAAAGAGUACUAACCCAAGUGCCUAAGUGCAUUAUAAAGUAUUUUUUGUAUCAGAAGUGAGUUAACUUACUUGAGUACAUCACCUGAGUACAAUCCUUAAUGUAUACAGUAUCAGAAUAAAUGAAAUUAUUUAUAAUUAUCUGCCAAUUAGUUACUUGUGUCACCUGUGCCACAAGUAACGUGUCCUCCUGUGGUGAUCCAGCCAUUCGUUAAGGUACAACUCCCUAGAACUUCCUGUGUCUUGUUUCUUCUAUGAACUUUGUAGGAGACAACGUUAACACAGGAGUCUAUUCUUACAGCGUAUUCCUACUUACAAACUCUACAUCAAUUAUCCGUCACUUGUGGACUGUAAGUAAUACUGGACUUUGGCCCAUAAAACAAGAUAAGGUAGUUAUUGAAUGGGGUGUGUGAUUGAAGGGUAGUGUGGAACUCUUUCAUCAGAUGGGGUUGGUGAGUUUAGGUACCAACAACUUUGAGUACAGCAAAAUAGGGUUGGGGGGUGGGGGUUGACUCUUGGGGUUUUUGUAACUGUUGUAGUCUUAUUAAAGAUUUUUACAUCUGAAGUGCAAUACAUGAUAACUUAUAUAAUCCUUUUGUGUGAAAAUUCAUCAGUAUUUUCUGUGGUUAUAUGUGUAUUGUAAGAAGCUCUUGACCAGUACAGUACAUAUGACGUGUACAUGUUAUGUCUUCGAAUAUAGGCUGAGCUUGUGAUGGUUAUAAAGAUAAUCAAAGUUGUAUAGCACAGUAAGUUUUGUUUGUAUCUAUGUAUGGAUCCUAUGAUAAAUACAUAUGUUUAUAUGAAUAAUUAUUUGAUGUAAUGAUUUUUGAAAAAAAAAUUUUUGUAGCUAUGCAAUCCGCUAGUUUAUAUGGAAUGACAGCUUUGGUGUAGUUAGUACAUACUGUCUCAAUUUUUACAUGUUAUUGUUAGUAGAAGUUUAUGGAAAUAACUUGUAGGGAUUCAUUAAAGUUUAUAUUUUGCAUUAUAAUUUAUAUACUGUACAUUAUAAUUCAUGAAAGCACUUUGAAGGUGAGGCGAAAGAGAAGUUACUCUGUAAGCUCUCUUGAUGGGAGUAAAUUUCCAGUUUUUAACAUAAGAUAAACCGUACCAUAAGUUGCAAGAAAGAUCUCAAAUCUACCAAACUGCCUUAACUACCACUUAUAUAACAUCAUUUCUACAGUUAAUUCUUCUUGGUUACAUUUGAGAUGCGUAGCUAAAGUGGUUGUGGAAAUUGAUGCUAUAGUUUGGCUAGUAUGGGAAAGUAAAAUUUUCAUGGUUGUCUUGAAUUGCCAUUUAUUUAGUGUACCGACUAGAGUACUGACAGCCAUCUCACAAGUGACAUCUUGAUAGUGGCAAACUUAUGGUUGAAUACUAGUGAAUGGGAAGACAAAGACCACUGUAUAUUGUAACUUUGGUAUAACAGAAAUUGGGUAUAACAGUAAUAAGUUCAAGUUUCUUCUUAAAAAAGGAACAUUUUUACCCAACGUUUUGUUAUUGCUUUGUACAAAUUCAAACCAAUUUUUGUAAAUACAGUACGUGUAUGUCAGAUUUUUUUCAUACCCCCCCCCCCCUACUACUAUAAGGCAAAAUUCUUAUUUUUCUUGCUCUAUGCAUACCCAUGUUUCCCUAAAAAAUGAAAGUACAAAUUGGUCUUUAGAAUUUAUUUCAUAAUCAGGUUGUGUAAAACUUAUCCAGUUAUGGUCAUUAUUAUUUUGCAGCCAUGAUGCCGAUUCACUAUUUAUAGAUGCUACAAUAGAUUCAAGUACAGUACUCAAGUAGAUUGGCUUUAUAAUAUUUUUUCAUUUGAAUUUUUAUUAAUAAUAUCUAUGGUAUUCUGUAGUGCAUAGGAUCAUGAAGCCUAUGUACUGUACUUGUGCAAAAACGACAGGGAGGAGUUAUACUCCCAAGAUUAUUUACCUUGUAAACUAUGUACUUGAGAACUAUUUGGUAAUCUUGGCCAUGUGUCUGUAAAUGAGACAUGACAAAAAAUUAUGAGCUACAGAUGAGACUCUAACAAUGCUCAUAUGGUAGCAAAAACAUUAAAAUAUGACCUUUAUUGGAUAUGACACAAGCUCAACAUUGCUGACCACCUCACAUGUUUGAGUGACAUCAGACAAAGGUGAUUUUGGCAAUGGCAGUGCUCAACAGUUACUCAAUACAAAUAUUUGGAAUAGCAACCAAACAAAAUAUUCUUGGUUUGAAUGUUUGCUACUAAUGGGCAGAGGAGGUUACAGUAUGUACUGGAUCACUAUAAUUUUACUCAAAUUUCUUAUGGUAAAGAAAUGAACAUAAUAACAUAGAGUUUUACAAAUCUCCUUUGCUUAUUGUAACAUUCUAUCCAACCCAUGAAGGGCACAAUUUUAAUUUUUGUAUAAUGUAUUAUAUUUUGGUGUUAAUACUUUAAUGUAGGCCAAGUUGGCUUAUAUUUUUAUGUAAGAGUUCUUGUAUAGUUUUUUCUUUUACCCCUGGAUUUUGUGUUUUUGUUUUGUUUUGUUAAUAAAUAAGGUAUUUAGCAACAAAUUAAUGUAUGGUGUGCACAGUUCAUACAUUUCCUUUAAAUACCUCAUUAAGUGGUGCGAAUUUUCCAACACAAGCAAAUGUUUUGUUCCGAGUCGCAGCUGGUGUACUGUGUUGUGCUGUCGACCAUUGAUGAAUAUAUUCACCAAUACAUAAAGAAGUGAACUAUGACUACAAGAGUCUUCCUGUUGUCUUAUAAUUUUAAAUGUUACGAGAUAUUUUGUAUCAUGAUUCCAUUGUCCUCUGUCCCACUAUCUGCCAAUUACUGUACUUCUUAGUGAGGAACCAGCCAAGAUGAUAAGCAUGUGGUGUUAGCAAGGUUGUUGCUGAACAAAGUGUGGGGGAUGUAUUUUAUGUCAAGAUGAUAAAAGUUUGUGUGCUAUUAACUUCUGUUGAAACUUCAUCAGGAAAGCAGUAUUUUGAUUGUACAUUUUCAUGUAGAAUCAUUCAUAAAUGGUCUAAGAUAAAAAAUGCUUCUGAAUAUUCCAGUGGUCAUAUAUUCUUUAUUGGUAAUGCUUCGUAGAGGGAGUAUAGGCAUGUAUUUACCUGUGGUUCUUGUCACUUAGAUUGCACUCUUCAACACCUUGAUUAUCAAGAGCUAGUAAACAGAAAUGAUCAUCUUACACAAUAAGUAAGAUAUUCUAAACUUUGUAGGAUUCCUUCAUUACCUCAUCAUAAAUAAGUAAAUCAUGUAUGUGAACUUAGUUUAUUAUAUAUUCAAUGAUUAACUAGAUCCUUGGUAAUCAAAAUUCUCUUUAACUGGGUCAUGUAUCAAAAUUAUUUUUAAUUAUGGUAAACUAAGGUGCAGUAUUGAAAAACUUUAAGUUUUAAUAACUAAUGCCCCGAAAAUUAACCGUAAAUUAACUGAGCAUCUUAAGAUUCCAGUGCAUAUGACACCCCUUCAGUAUGCUUUGUUGAUGAAAUUGAGGUAGUGCUCAGGGGUACAGCACUGUGUAAGUGAGUUUUCUGGAAGAAUGUAAGAGCACAAGGCAUGGCAUGAUUGUAAUAAGUUGAGAAAUGUAGUUUUUUUGGGGGGUGGGGUGGAUGAGUCAAUAAAUGUCUUAGAGUACAGUAAUUUAAUAUUGCCCCAAAAAAUGUUAAGCAGUAGUUUUGCAAUAUACAGAUAGUACUGUGAUGAUUGAUACUCUUGGCUGCGAGCUGUCAUCCUUCCGUGGUUGUGAGAGACAGCACAAAUACAAAUGCGAGGAAACAAGUCUUAAAACUGGCGGUGCAUUUAUAGUAUAUGAUAAGGUAAGUACUGUAUAUUAUUUCUCAGUAUAACUCCAACUAAAGAAAUUGGUUGUACAUCCACGCAUUUUAUUUGUACUGUUCAAGUUCAAAUUCUGUACUGAAAACUAUACUACAACAGUAUUACAUCAGCAGGCCCACAUUCAUAUGUAAUCUUUAGUUUCUGUUAACGUGAGAGAACAUGAUAAAGGUAUUGUGAUUAAAUGUGAGUUGCUUUGAAAUUAUUAUUCUGUAAAUACACAGGCUAAAGAGAACUUAAAUACUGUGUACUGUACAAUACAAAAAAAAUUAAUACUGUAUGUACAGUACAAGAUGACAUGGAGAAAUUUAGAGAUAACAUGAUAAAAAACAAUUGUCAUGACACUGAUUCAUAAAGAAAUUAUUAAUGGCAACAUUUUCAAUGAUUCAACAUAAGGUCUAUAAUAAAUAUUUAUCUUUUAAUUUCUGGUUGGAAAAUGUCAGUGUUCUAUAAGUUUUCUGAAAUAAUGUGGGGUUGCCUUCCUUAAGGCCUGAUGCUUUAUGGGUCAACAAAGAUGGGUAUAAGAACGAUGCCUAUUGCACAUACACUUCUAGUUUGUACAGUCAUUCCCCAAUUUAUGAAAGGGUUCCAUACCUAAAAAAAUCUUUUUAUAAAUAAAUUUUUCAAAAAUUGGAUUACAUUUUUCUGUGGACUCCCAUUAUAAAACCUGAGAUACAUCCUUACAAAAAAUGCACAUCCCCAAAAUGUCUUAAAAUGCCACAAAACAUAUUUUUAAUAACAAAUCUUGGUGUAUACAAUGAUUAAGUCAAUAAUAAACAUAAAAGGUUAAAUACUGUACAUGCAGUACAGUAUACCGUAGUAAUAAUCUUACCUUUGUUUACAAGAAACCUGAUGGGAAAACAAAUUUCAUAGCUUCAAAUAGGUCCAGUAUUUUGCCCAUAAAUUAACUGAGGCAAAUUUUAUUUCUUAGUAAUUUUUUAUUUUUGUAAACCAAACCUUCGUAAACUGGGGACUAUCUGUAUAAAGUGCAGUUUGAUUACUUAAAAAUUUAAUUUUUAUUUUUUGAAACCUUACAAAUACCAUAGGCUUGUCUAUUUGGUAAAUGGUAUUUAAAAUUGGUAAAUCUAAAAUGUCACCACUUUGAGCUACACUCUAGAGUACGUACAUGGCAAUUUUUUUAUUUAUUCUUAUUUUUUUCAAGAAGCAAACUACAAAAUGUAUGCAUUUAUUUUCUUGCAUGUGAAGCUAAACUAUCAGAUGGACAAAUUGUCUUCUUGAUUCAUAAUACUGUAGGCUAUUCCUUUCAUUUUGUCAAAGGCAUCUAUACAGAACAGCUUCUGCUUUAUCAUAGUAUAUACAGUACAGUAUCUGCUUUGAAGGUAACCUUUUUGUCUAUCUAAUUUGUACAUAGAAUUAUCUGUGGUUAAAAUUCAACAUGCCGAAACUUAUGGGUAAUAUAUGUAUAUAAAGAUUUUUUAUAUGCAUCUGGGCUUGCUGAAUAUGCUGUGAUAUAAUAUGUCCUUUGAAUAAAUAUAUAAAUCAUA